AUUGAUUGUAUAUCAUUUUAUCCUUUAAAACUAGAAAAUGACAGAUGGAGAGAUCUCAGCAGGAAAUACCCCCUUCAGGUUGAACAGCCAAGUGCCAACAUUUGGGACUGCUUGUCUAACAAAAGUGAUGAAAGCUCCUUAUGGCAGAGGGAGCCAGCUAACGCAUGCUCAGUAACCAACUUGAUCAAGGAUCUCAGCCUUAGCGACCACAAUGGCAACCCUUCAGCACCUCCCAGCAAACGCCAGUGCCGAUCACUCUCUUUUUCCGAUGAGAUGUCUAGUUGUCGGGCUUCAUGGCGGCCCAUGGGAUCAAAGGUCUGGACUCCUGUAGAAAAGAGACGCUGCUACAGCGGGGGAAGCGUGCAGCGUUACUCCAAUGGAUUCACAACCAUGCAGAGAAGUUCAAGCUUUAGCCUCCCUUCCAGGUCGAGUACUCUUUCCUCAUCAUAUGACCAGAUGGGAUUUAGCAAUAGAUUUGGCUGUCCGCCAUGCCACGGAAUGCGAAAGUCAGCCACGUACGGACAGACAAGUGAUAUUUGGGGUAAUGACCAUGGCUCUUCUGAGAGUGGCAGGAUUGACAUUCAGCGAUCUCUCUCUUGUUCCCAUGAUCAAAUUUCCUUUUCGGAAUAUUGUCUGCCCUCAGCAAACAGCACACCUGCCUCGACACCAGAGUUGACAAGGCGCUCCAAUGGGCUUUCUCGAAGUCGGUCUCAACCAUGUGUCCUUAAUGACAAGAAAGUUGGAAUUAAGCGAAGACGACCUGAAGAGAUAAAGGAACAAAGACCUUCAUUGGACCUUGUCAAGAUGACACAG